AUGGCAAGUGAACGAAUCGAGUCGGCGGCGUUUAGCAAGGCGACACGGAGCGAAACAGUCUCCAAGACACGCGCGGUUGUCGACGUUGACGGCCGUUGGCUGGAGACGCGCACGACGGAGGGUUGGAGGGCCCAGGGUCUCGAGCGAAAAGAAAAGUCGAGAAAAGGCGACGCAGGGAGAGCGAGACAGUGCAGACGGAGCAAGGGUGACGAAGAAGACACAAUCGACGAUAAAUGA